GUUGGAAUCUCUCGAUGCGGAAUCGUGGAUGUACACUGUUAAGGAGUCCCAUAAUGGAACGAAAACGCCGUCCACUACUUCCAGAUUGUCCAUGGUGAUCUAGCUUCAAUUGGCUCAUGAAUUCAACUAUUAUAAUAUUCACAAAACCCCUUUCUGAUUAUUUUAUAUUCUACUUUUUUUUAAAAGGAUCUAAAAGACGAUUUGAAAUCGGAGACUAGUGGAGAUUUUCGUAAAGUUUUAUGUCAGCUAGUUGUUGAUACACCUUAUAUGUUGGCUAAAUCAUUAUAUUAUGCAAUGAAAGGCUUAGGAACAAAUGAUCGUGUACUUAUUGAAAUAUUUACCACAUUAUGGAAUGAUGAAACAAGAGCUGUAGCUGAUGCUUAUAAACAAGUACUCAAAGACAAAGGAAUUGAAGAAUCAGAACGUUCAUUAGUUACUGAUAUGAAAAAAGAAAUAAGCGGUGAUUAUGAAUAUGCAUUAAUGUGUUUAGUUCAAGCUGAACGUGAUGAGAUACCAGUAUUACAAUUGAAAGCAAUACCUGAAAAAGGUAUCAAUUCAAUCAUUAAUCAUGAAUUAGCUGAAGCUGAUGCUAAAGAUCUAUAUGCUUCAGGAGUUGGUCGAGUUGGUACUAGUGAAAAACGUAUUACACGGGUUAUAUGCAAUAGAACACCAUAUCAAUUAUAUUUAACAUCUGAAAUCUAUUUCAAAAUGUAUGGUAAAACUUUAUUGGAACAUAUUGAAUCGGAGACAUCAGGUGAUUAUCGUAAACUUCUUGUUGCUAUCUUACGAUAUGCAAUCGAUCGUCCCGGUCUAAUUGCUGAAUGGUUACAUGAUUCAAUGGCUGGUUUAGGAACAAAAGAUUAUGCAUUAAUGCGUUUAUUAAUUACACGUUCUGAAAUUGAUCUUCAAGAUAUAAUGAAUUCAUAUGAAUCAAUUUAUGGUAAAUCAUUAUUGAAUGCAGUAAUAGAUGAUACAUCUGGUGAUUAUCGUCGAACAUUAUGUGUACUACUCGGUGAAACAUAUAAUCAAUAAUAGUUUCAUUAAAACAAAACAAUAUAUUAAAUCAUUUGAUUUUGUCAUUAUUUAUUUUAUCAUAUUUAAACAUAAUAUUACAAAAUUGUGACCUUG